AUGAAUGGAUUCAGGACCAAGCAACUAUGUGAUGGUGCCAAUAGCUCAGCUGCAUCAACAUGUGGAAGGCCACUGGGCCUCGGUUUUAGCUUCAAAACCGGUGAAUUAUAUGUUCUUGACUUCAAAUUCGGCUUCCUAGUGGUUUCGCCUGGUGGAGGGCUUGCAACUCCGCUAGCAACUGGAUUCAAUGGCACCACUUUUGUAUUUCCAAAUGCAUUAGACAUCGACCAAGCUAAUCAAAUCGUUUACUUCACAGAUGCUGGCGCAAUAUUUUUGUCCAGGAAUCUUUCCACGAUCAUCCAGAGCAAUGACACUUCAGGAAAGUUAUACAAAUAUGAUGUAAGGACUAAAACGUUGUCAUUGUUGCUAAAUGGACUGUCUGGACCACUUGGAGUUGCUGUAAGCAAGUGUGGUGCAUACGUUCUGAUUGACGAAUAUAUUGCAUCGAGAGUUCGAAGAUACUGGGUGAGAGGUCCAAAGGCUGGCUCCUCAGAAAUAUUGGUCAAUCUUCCAGGGAGCCCAGAUAACAUUAAAAGAACCAUUUCAGGGGAUUUUUUUGCAGCUGUGACCAUUUUAAAUCGGCACACUUUUCAGACAACUUCGUCUGUUGGGCAAAGGAUCAAUGGCGACUUGGGCAUUGUUGAGGCAACAGUGAACUUGACCGCACAGUAUACAAAUAACUUGAUUAGCGAAGUACAAGAAUUCUUGGGGAAGUUAUACAUAGGAUCCUCGACCGCUAGUUUUGUAGGUGUAUAUGGUCCUUGA